AGGCGGGGGGAGAGGAAGGAGGGGCGGGCGCCGGGGGAGAAGGGCGAGGUGGCGCGCGGAGGGCCGGGAAUGCCCGCGGCGCGGGGCCCCAGCCGCCCAGUGGCUGCGUCCGGGAGAUGGCUCUCCGUCUGGUCUCCGACUUUGACCUCCGGAAGGACGUGCUCCCGUGGCUGCGGUCGCAGCGGGCGGCGUCGGCGGCCGCCGGGGCCAGAGGCGGCGGCCCAGGUGUUUUGGAAAAUAAUUAUGAGAGCUUACGUAUACUAAAUGUUGAAAGAAAUGGAAAUAUUAUUUAUACCUAUAAGGAUGAUAAGGGAAAUGUCUUCUUUGGAUUAUAUGACUGCCGAACCAGACAAAAUGAGCAUCUCUAUACAUUUGAGAAAGACUUGCACGUUGUCAGUUGCUCUGUCAACAGUGAGAGAACUUUGCUUGCUGCAAGUUUAGUUCAUUUUACUAAAGAAGGAAGAAAGAAUGAGCUUCAACCAGGAUCCAAGUGUUUAACGUUGUUGAUUGAAAUCCACCCUGUUAACAACGUGAAGGUUCUGAAAGCCGUGGAUAGCUAUAUUUGGGUGCAGUUUCUUUACCCCCAUGUGGAAAGUCGCCCUCUUCCAGAGAACCAUCUGUUACUGAUUUCAGAAGAAAAAUAUAUUGAAAAGUUUCAUAUCCGAGUCAUCCAAGAAGAUGGAACUAGAGUGGUACUGAAAGACUCUGGCCAUCUCCCAAGAGAGAGAGUAGUUGAGGAUUUUGUUUGGGCUCAAUGGGAUAUGUCAGAGCAAAGAUUAUACUACAUUGACCUGAAGAAAUCAAGGAGCGUCUUAAAAUGCAUCCAGUUUUCUGCUGAUGAGAAGUUUAACUUAAUGUUUGAAGCACCCUUGGAUAUAACAUUAAGUGACUCAGGAUUUAAACUUGUAAACUUUGGAUGUGAUGAUCUUCAAGACCAGGAGAACUUAUCCAAACACCUGACCCUGUGCGUUUUUACCAACCAUACAGGAACUUUGUGUGUAUGUUACAGUCCGAAGUUUGACUCUUGGGAAAAAAUCACAUAUUCAGUGUUUCACUUUCAUAAAGGGCACAGCAAGACCUUCACUGCUGCUCUUGGGAGUGUUGACUCACAUGUGACUAAGGGCCUUACUUUUCUCAACCUUGAGUAUUAUGUGGCUGUUUACUUACCUGGUCAUUUCUUUCAUCUUCUUAACAUUCAACAUCCAGACCUGAUCUGCCACAGUUUGUUUGUGACAGGAAACAAUGAAGUGGUUGAUAUGCUACCUCAUGGUCCUUUACAGUCACUAUCAGGGUCCCUGGUACUGGAUUGGUGUUCUGGAAAGCUCUAUAGGGCAGUCCUCAACCAGUCCUAUUUAUUACAGUUCCUAUGGAACACUCAGCUAGACUGUGAGAAGAUGGCCGUGUUGCACUGUGUGCUCUCCUGUGGCCGAGACCCCCAGUUCCUGGAAGCCAAGAUCAUUCAGUGGAUUUCUGAGAGCAUCUCUGCCUGCCAUUCAUUUGACCUCAUUCAGGAAUUUAUAAUUGCUUCUUCAUAUUGGAGCAUAUACCCAGAGACAAGUAACAUGGAUAAACUUUUGCCAUAUUCUUCAGUGUUCGCUUGGAAUACAGAAAUUCCUGGAAUAACCCUUGUGACGGAAGAGAUCGCCUUGCCUUUCAUGAAGGUAAGUCCUUCCAGAGAGAGACAAAAGCACACCGUGCAUGGCUUCAGUGCUGGCCUCCACACGCAACUGGAGUUCCAGCUCCACUGCCCCAAGUACCAUGUUUCAUUUUAUAAAGUAAGGAAAGCUUUUUUAGAUUAACUAUCUGAUCCAGAGACUGGGAAGGCCAGAAAGACUUACUAUGUGAAUAACGUUGGCUAAUUUCUUUGUAGGGUGAUUUCUAACCUAGAAGCAAGGAAUUUGGAGCCAAGAUUAACACCCCUCUUCCAGGAGGAAGACAACCAUCAGAGGCUGCUGAUGGGGCUGAUGGUGUCUGAGCUAAAAGACCAUCUUUUGAGACACCUACAGGGUGUAGAAAAGAAGAAAAUUGAACAGAUGGUUCUGGACUACAUUUCAAAACUGCUGGAUCUCAUUUGCCAAAUCCUGGAAACCAGCUGGAGGAAACAUCAUCUUCACCCCAGGGUUCUCCACUUCAACAGGCGGGCCAGUGCUGCUGAAUUUACAGUCUUUCACAUCAUGACCAGGAUUCUGGAAGCUACUACGAGUUUGUUUUUACCUCUGCCUCCUGGUUUUCACACUCUGCACACGAUCCUCGGCGUCCACUGUCUCCCUUUGCAUAACCUGCUGCAUUACAUUGAUAAUGGAGUGUUGCUUCUCACUGAAACAGCUGUCACAAGGCUCAUGAAAGAUCUGGACAAUUCAGAGAAAAAUGAAAAACUAAAAUUCAGCAUCAUUGUGCGGCUUCCCCCGCUUAUUGGUCAGAAGAUCUGUCGACUUUGGGAUCAUCCUAUGAGUUCUAACAUCAUUUCCCGGAACCACGUGAAGCGACUGCUGGUGAACUAUAAGAAACAGCCCCAGAGUUCUAUGAUUGACAAGUCGCCAGGCAGCGUGGAGUUCCUGCCCCUGAACUACUUCAUUGAAAUACUGACAGAUAUAGAAUCUUCCAAUCAAGCUCUGUAUGCUUUUGAAGGACAUGACAAUGUGGAUGCAAAGUUUGUAGAGGAAGCAGCGCUGAAACACACCACAAUGCUUUUAGGCUUAUGAAAGAGAAAAUGCAGCUGUAUCUGCUCUCAAUAUUGUCAUCUCGCUCAUUAGCUCGACUUCCGUCAAGAGUCCCUUACCAGUAUUUAAAACUGGUAACCCAAAUCAGAAUAAACUGUUAAGCCAUCUGAAUUUCAGUUUGGUACUUGUUCAGACAGAACUAAACUGCUGUACGUUAUCCUGGCCUUGCAAAGCAGACAAGCAGUCAGGUGCAGAGGAGUGACAGCAGCUUGAGAAGCAUGCAGUGUCCUCAGCGAUGACUUAGUGGCUUAUCUUCCUAAUGACUUCAUAGGCCAAAAGUGAGUUCGUAUUGCACUCUGGAAUAAAAUCAUGCUUUGAAAAAUGUAGAGAAGGGUGCUUAGAAAAAAAAAAAAACUCGAUGUGUUGUUGAAGAUAACACAUGACAAGCAGAAAAAUUAUUUCCAGAAGAACUGUGGUUGGAAAGAGGAUACUUUUCAAAGAACUGAAUGUGGACUGGGUCAAACCUGCUCUUCCCAGUAUAGAAUAACUUGUAACAUACAGCAGUGUGUACAUAACGGCAUCGAGAGUAGGAUUUGUCUUUGUGAUGGUUCAGAUGGAACUGUACUUUAAUACGUUGAAGUUUUUUGUAUUUACAAAAGUUUGAUUUAGUAAUAUCUUGACAUUAAAAAAAAAAAAAGAAUCACUAAA